AUGAAAAUUCAGUGUGCUUUCCGCUCGCUUUCUCCAUCCUUCUUCAUGAGCUCCUCCGCCGGCGUCAAUGGUGGGAAGGCCGCCGGCCCCGGCCUCCUCGCCGCCAUCUGCAGGAAGGUGCAGACCAGCCGUCUCAAUCACCCACUCAGGAUCGUCAAUGGCCACUCGAGCUCUGCCGCUAGGAAUACGUAUAAGAUUAUGAGGUUGAUUCCGAAACUCUUUGGUCAGCCCUCGGCUGAGUUGAAUAAGACUAUGAAGAUCAGUGUUGUCCAGAGUUCCGAUGGGCGCAGCGUCAUCUCGGGCAUCUUCGAUUAUUUGCAGGAUUGGGCGAAAGGAAGCACGAUGUCUGGAGUUAAAGGAUGCCCUGCUGGCGUAAUGAACCUGAGCACGGAUUUUGUAUAUCCUUGCAGGAAUGAGGCCUUUCAUUACACUUAUAGACCAAUUUCAGCACUCAGUCUUUACCUGCUACAAAGUAACAGGAGAAGUUCAAGCUUUCAACUGUUGAAUCCUUCAACUUCUUUUCAAAGUAAAUUUGGACAAUCCAUUCGGAUGACACAUUCUUUAACUAGGAGUUGGUCAGUAAAGCUUUGGGCUGCAGAAAAAGAAGAAAAGUUACAAAGAGGGAAAAGAAAACAUAGGAUUGCCAAACCUGCCCUUGGGGAGAAUACUAUAUUUGAGACUUUAUCUUCUUUUCAACUGCCAAGUCUGAAAUCAGUUCUAAAGAGACCAGGGCCAUUGGAACAUCAAAGGCAAAUUAACAGGACUAUCAACCGGCUGCCUCUAACACAAUUUGAUGAAGGUUUUCCAUCACCAAGUUCUUCAGAAGAGGUCCAAUUGGCGCCACUUCUAGCAAGACCCAAUUUACUUAUAACCAGAGAUAUAGAAUGGGCUAAUAUUAUGUUUGCAAUUGAGCAGGAAAGCCGGUACAUAAUAGUGGACCCAAAUUAUCCUCAUUCUCCUGUAGGUUAUAUACGUGAACAAAGUAAUGUCCUCUACAGACAGUUGCUUCGUACAAGACGCCCAUUCAUUGCUUCUAUAACUGACUCCAUUGGUAAUGAGAUAUUUAGGAUUCGCAGGCCAUUUUGGUUGGUGAACAGCACUAUUUAUGCAGAAGUAGGUGAUAAGGUGGUUGGUGUGGUUCACAGACGCUGGCAUGUUUGGAGGCGAAUUUAUGAUUUGUAUCUGGGGAACAAGCAGUUUGCUAUGGUUGAAAAUCCUGGCUUUUGGAAUUGGACAUUUACUUUGAAGGAUGAUGAAGAAAAUGUUCUGGCUCAGAUAGAUCGUGAUUGGAGGGGUCUUGGUCUUGAGCUUUUCACUGAUGCUGGACAGUAUGUGAUCCGCUUUGGCAACCCAGGUUCAAGUCCUCCAUUUGGUCAGACCUCAGUGAUCCCGGAAUUAGAAGUUGCCCGCCCUUUGUCUUUGACCGAAAGAGCUGUGACUGUUGCUCUUGCUGUGUCUCUAGACACCGACUAUUUCUCCAGGAGCGGCGGCUGGGGUCUGCCAAUUCUCAUUGCUGGUGAGUAGGAGAUGCUAAUUGGCCGCUCAAAGCAUUUGGGAAUUGCCUUGCUUUUUACUUCAAUUUUUUUCCUUAUAAAUUUUACUGGCAGAUUUGGUUAUUGCAAACUAAUGAUAAAUAACUCUUGUUUUUUUGCUUAAUGUGUUCUAUUGAGAGCUCAAACUCAAAUACAGGAAUCAAUAUAUUUAACGGAGGUUUUUAUGGU